GAUUUAUAUUUGUUUUUCAUUUGUUGACAUUCUGAUUUUGACGUGUGUGGAAAGUGACAUUUUCAUUUUAGCGUGUUUACAAAUUUUUCCAAAAGUAGGUAAACGCAUGAAUAAAUGUUACGUGUACACCGAAUAACUCCGAAAACGAUGUGAAAACAUUAUAAUCCUAGCUACCGGUAUUAUGAGAAUUAUUUCGUAUUCAAAUUGUUUACUGAAGCAUAUUGAUAAUAAUUAGUAAAAGAUAUGUCUAGCAUCAAUAAUUCAUCGCUAGGUAAAUCGAGGGGCCCUGGUAGGCCACCGAAAAAAAUAAUAUCUUGUACCUGGUGCAAUGAAACGAAACUUCCUUUGAAAUACGUAUUUCCAACUACGAAUGGAAAAAAAGAAUUUUGUUCCGAAACUUGUCUCGCCGAAUUCCGUAAGGCGUACGUUAAAGGAGCGUGUAUACAAUGUGAUAAUGUGAUAAGGGGCAAUGGCGCACCCUCGAAAGAAUACUGUUCGGCAUAUUGCAUGAACAAACACCAAAAAAAAGAGCUUUCUAACGCGAGAAUUUCUACUAUAGCUACAACAAGUCCUCUAGAUGCCUCACCCGGACCUUUUCAGUACGAAACAUAUCAACCAUUCAAUUGGGAUGAAUAUUUAAAUGAAACCAAUAGUGUUGCAGCACCAUUAAAUUGUUUUAAACAAGCACCGAAUCCUCCUUAUAAUGAAUUUGAAGUCGAUAUGAAAUUAGAAGCUUUAGAUCCUAGAAAUGUUACUUCUACUUGUAUUGCUACAGUUAUUAGCAAAUUAGGACCAAGGUUAAGGUUACGACUAGACGGUAGCGAUAAUAAAAAUGAUUUCUGGAGAUUGGUGGAUUCUAGUGAAAUCCACCCAAUAGGGCAUUGUGAAAAAUCAGAAGGCAUGCUUCAACCACCUCUAGGAUUUAGAAUGAAUGCUAGUUCUUGGCCGAUGUUUUUACUAAAAAUUUUGAAAGAUGCCAAAAUGGCGCCGGAAAGUAUAUUUCAAAAAGAACCUGUUGGUCCUCGACAGAAUCUUUUCCAAGUAGGACAAAAAUUGGAGGCUGUUGAUAAGAAGAAUCCUCAAUUGAUAUGUUGUGCUACAGUAGGUGCUGUUAAAAAUGAUCAGAUCCACGUGACUUUCGAUGGUUGGAGGGGUGCUUUCGAUUAUUGGUGUAGAUAUGAUAGCAGGGAUAUAUUUCCAGUCGGUUGGUGUGCUAGAUCUGGACAUCCAAUGCAGCCACCUGGACAAAAGAAUGGUUCCGGUACCAACAGGUUUCGAAUUAAACCGUCAUAUGUGGCACCUCCUCCUACGUCAUCGGUAAGUUCUACAGCUUCAGAGGUUAUUCAAUCUCCCGAAGCUGAUACUUCUGCACCUCCUCCACCCCCAAUAGUGAUACAAUUCAGGAAAAAUUGUUCAGGAGGACCGUUAAUAGAUACCACUUUAUUCCCCAUGAGCGUGGAAGAUUCAACCCCCUCAGAUUUAGCCAAAAAGCUCAUAAAUCAAGUACUGAACGCGUCUCAUAAGUCUGAAACAAUUUUGGCUAGAUUAGGAGCUCUAAGGGGAGAAGAAAUGGUUAUCACACACGAAGGCAGUACAUAUACCAUUAAAUUACCCCAAUUAGUGAAAGCUAGCGACUUAGAAGGAGUCUUUCAUACGUUGGAACAAGCGCUGGGAUGUUGUCGCAACCUUUUCGGUCUGGAACAAACGGUGAAAGAUUGUUCCGCUUGUGAUUUAAAGGCUGUUCCUACACCGCCGAAGCGUAAGCCUCCAGAACAAGAAGCGGCUACUUCAACUACCCCAGCCGAACCUUCAAAUUCUUCGGAAUCGCCUGUUUUGAGCUUGAAUAAAAUCCCUACGGGGGAAUGGGGUAUAGAAGAAGUUAUACAGUUCAUAGAAUCAACCGAUCCUUGUUUAGGGGUACACGCCGAAUUGUUUAGGAAGCACGAAAUCGAUGGUAAGGCGUUCUUGUUACUGAAUUCGGAUAUGAUGAUGAAAUAUAUGGGUCUUAAAUUGGGACCGGCAUUGAAAAUUUGCAAUUUGGUAUCUAGAUUGAAAGGUAGAAGGCAUUUAUUGUAAGAAUUACAAAUUAAAAAAGUAGAUUUUUAAUUACUGUUAAGUGAAAUUUAACGAAGUGGAGUUUACUAUUUAUUAAAAAAAAUAUUAAUUUUGUAUAUAUUUUUGUAUAUAUAUAUAUAUAUUUUAAUUUUGAACUUUUUACCGUAUAAUUUGGGUUAAACAAAAAAAAAUCUCGUCUAUUUCGACUCAAAUAAUUUUUUUUCAAUAUUCAGUUGUUUGAUAAGAGUUUUUUUCCACUAUAUUUCACCUUGUUUCCCUUUUUUGUUUACUGUUCCUUCAUUUCUUAGUUUAUCGAGUCUUUUCUUGCCUUCUGUCUUCUUAUUUGUGCUCGUUAAGCCUUUUUAUUGCCCUUAUUUAUUUUCCAGCAACAAUAUCAAAAGCUGAUUUAAAAUCAAUAAAUACUAGUGACAUACACCACAUAUAACUCAUCUUACAUUUGUUUUUUUCUGUUUAAAAGCUUUUCCUUCUAAUUUUAAUUUAGUAUUUUAGUCUUUUUUCCAAAAUUAGUCAAUACAGUUGGUAAAUUUUUGUACCGUGACCUGUUUUGAUUCCAAUUAACUCACAAACUUAUCCCUACAAGUAUCAGGUUUUGAUAAUUUUUUUCAUAAACAACGCAUACGCAUUCUAGGUGUACCCCUACGCAUAUAAUCUACCCUCGAUAUCUCUUUUUGUUGUUUAGAUCCAAAUAUUUGAUUGAUUUAGGGUUGUUAAAGUCUCGAAUAAACUUUUUGGGGGUGCAUAGUACCCGAAAACACUGUUUCUUUUCCAUAACUCUUCUUAAUAACCUCACGGAAAGGUUCCAAGUUAUUUAUUAGAUGGUAUAACCAUUUUUAUUCCCCUAUAUAAUCUCAGAUCUUAGAAAAUGCUCUAAGAAACCUAAAAUAAUGCAUUUUAUGAUGAAAAAUGUCAUAAACUUCAUUUUACGGUUCCAGAAAUGGCUUUAGUUUCCCAAAUAGCCUCAAAUUAUAUUAUAAAUAAUUAUUUUAUUUGUAGCAACCAUAAAAAAAAUAGUGAUCUCCACGUAUUUAUCAUUUAUCAUUAUAUAAUUUUAUUUUGGUCUUGUUAAACUUUAUUCGCUCGUCUUUUUAGCACUUGAUGUGGGUUUUUUUUUUCGAUAUAAAUAUAUAAAUUUAUAUCUAAUGAAAUUGGAUUAAUGAUACAAAUAUUAUUAUAUAUUUAUUAUGUUUAUAUAUAGAAUAAAAGUUACCCCAUAUUAAAGUGCAAGUAGAUUUACGAUUGUUUCGAUAUAACAAAUUUUAACAGAACUUCGAUACCUUUUUUCAUCUUAUUUUCAAUCAUCCGUCAUCCUAAUUUAGUUAGAGGGGUAGUAAAAUAUUUAAAUAUGGGGAUUAUAUGAUUCUUGAGGAACAGAAAACUUAUAGGAAAUGUAGCGAAAUGGAAAUUUUUAUUUCGCUCUUCAUCGAUUGUCAAUUCAAUUUCUAAUAAUGAAAUAUAAAAAAAAAAUAAUGCAGAUGCCAAACUGUUCAGUUAUUUUUGGGUAUUACAGCUUCUCGAAACUAAAAAAUACAAAAAUAUUUACAUUGUACUGCUGUUUACCAAGAUCUGGGAAGAUUAUUCUAUUAUCCCAACAAACACCAUCUCCAGAAAAGAAAUACAUUGAUUCUGAAUCUAUACAAAGCUCCUAACAUUGGUUUUAUUGAAAAAAUUUCAACACUACAAAAAUUUGAUAAGUAAAAAUACUAAAAACAGUAUCAGACAUAAUGAACGGUUAAUAUAUCAUCGUUGCAGGUGUCCUCAUCUGAUUUUAGUAAUUGUGAAGUCAUACCAUUAGCUUCCAAGAACGAUAAAUGUUUUAAUUGAAUGGAAAUUCAAACUGAACACAUUUAUUACCACCAUAUAGAUGGUAACUUCUAUAUCGACUUUCGAUAUUUAAUGAUAGGAAUUGUUUAAAACUUCUAUUUGUAUUGAUGAAUAUUUUUGAUCAAAUAUAACAAUAUGAUUGUUAUUCUUACACAUUUUGUACAAUAAUUCACUGUAUCUUCAUUGCAUUGGCUAAAUAUGUAAAUUGCGUACCGAAUUCUGUUAAAUUAUGAUUAUAUCAAGUUUUCCCAUAAAAUGUUUGUGAUAUUGCAUGAAUACGAGUUGUUUUUAAUUCAACUUGUACAGUCGUUCGAGUCUAGAAAUAGUAGAAAUUAACUUGGUUAAUUGAUAGAGCUGUUUAAAUGUGGAUAUAAAAUUGAUAUAUUUUUGAGUAAAACUUUGUAGACGGUAGUGUAAAUAAUGUCUAGAGAGUAAGAGCUUGAAAACCAGUCGUUAGAGACAUUUUUUGUUUGUUAAUUAUAUUGGUGGUUUUUAUUGUUCGACGCAUAUUCAAUAAAUAAUGAAAUUCUACUUUUCUUAGCACUCCUUCAGUUAUUAAAAACUUCGUAUAACA